UCAAUGUAAGUCUUUACCAUUAAACUCUGUAACGGGUGUCAUCAAAAUGGGCGAAGUUAUGGACCAAGCUGUUUUCGUUAAUCACCAGUUUGCUGGCAAAAUACUGAUGGCGUGCAUUUCUCCACUUUUCCCAUUCAUCAUCGUCAGCAACGCAUUGUUGAUUUUGGUAGUUUACAGGAAUCACAGCCUCCGUACACCAACGAAUAUCAUCGUUGCGAGUCUUGCCUUUUCAACUCUCCUUGACGCCCUUGUCGGACUUCCGCUGAAUACGUAUGGAGUUGUAUAUAAGAUGGAAGAGGCGUGCACAGCUGAUGGAGAUACUCUGUAUUAUUUGCCCCUGCAAAUAAUAGCAGGUGUUUCGUUUUGCAACAUUGUAGCGUUGACUGCUGAUCGAUAUAUUGCUGUUACAAAACCGUUACGCUAUGUUCAGAUAGUGACGCUAAGGCGCAUUGCAAUCGUAUUGGGACCUUUCUGGAUUCUCAGUACGUUGCUGAACAGCGUUCGAUAUGUUGGAUUAAAACUUCAAACAAACUCGACAAUCCUGGAUAGCAAUAAAACAAUAUGUGGUACGCCCUAUUCUGGAUCAACGACUUUAACAUUCGGAUGGCUGCUUUUUUGGGUAAUCAUGGUCUUGAUGGUCGCGCUACCUGUUAUCAAUUUUUUGCUACUUCGCAUUGCGAUGAAGCAAGCGAGAAAAAUUGCAAUUCAGAGAGUGGUGAUAGGUCUCCGCCAAGAUCAACCUCCUGCUCAAAAUGACCGGUUGAAGGCAUUUAAAACAAUAUCGCUUGUUGUGUCACUCUUCGUUAUCUUCUGGUUUCCCUUUCCUCUGCAUCUCGUUUUGCGGCUUACGACGUUCAUGUCACCUCUAACAUUUUCAGUAUAUAGUUAUUGUUUUCUUGUGUGGCAUACUAUCAGUUUGAUUGUCAAUCCCUUAUUAUAUGGUUUCAGGGAUCGGGCUUUUCGAAAAUGUUUUAAAAAUAUCUUUCGUCAAUGUAGGUGGCCGUAGUAAGAAUCCAUUCGAACACAC